AUGAAUCAAAUGGCCGAUAUUCAAGCGUUAGAAAGGAAGAAUGCUGAAUUGAAGAAGGAAGCUUCAAAAUAUCAAUCUGCUCUUGGAAAUGCAAUUGAUUUACAAUUAUCAGACGAUAAUGAGAACAAUUCGGUUAAUCUCAAAAAAGAUAUUUUAAGUUUGCAAGAUUCUUUAGAAGAUUACGUUACCAAUUGCAAAGGUGAUAUUGAACUUGAUAUUCCCAAAAUACAAGCCCUAUUAAAAAAAUAUGGAAGUCAGACAGUUGUUACAAAAGAUCAAAAACCUUUAAUAAAAGCAGUAUUACAGCGUUAUGUAAUUGAACAAAUUCUUGAUUAUGCAAAUAGUUUUAUUGGUAAUCCAGGAAUUCACGAAGAAAUGCUGUAUGGAAUCGAAACCACACUGCUUUUUAGUACCGAACAACUGUUAGAAGUAAUGACAGAUUUAGCAGAUAGACGCGUUGGGGAUGAUGAUACAAUCAAAUUACUAAAUAUUAAAUUACGUCAACAAAUUUUUGGAGCUCUUGGUAAUAGAGGAUUCAAUGAUAUGAUUAAUGUUGAUAAGAAAAUCCAACGUCACGAAUUUAUUACCUACUUUAAAGACGUCCUAAAUAAUGAAAUUGGAAAAUAUCGCAAGAUUAUCGAUCCCUUUCAGAAGAAAGAAGUUGAAGAUAUGGCCGCUGAUAUUAUUCAAAAAUUAGUUAAAUUAUUUCUUUUUAGAUUUCAAGUUCACGAACCGGUGGCUAAUCAUCACUGGUGUAAAUAUGGCAGCCAGAUAGAUGAUUUUAUGGAUGGAAUAUGGGAAGAAGAUGAGAUUGAUGAUUUGAUUGUAGAUGUUUGUUAUUUUCCUUUAAUAGCACAAGGAUUCGUAAAUAACAAGUCAAAAUGUCAAAUUUAUACACCCGCUAAAGUCAUUACAAAACAUCGUUAA